AACCGGUCGUCUUGCCAGCCCGAAAACUCUCCUGCUACUGUGACAGACUCACGGGCGAGACGAGAGAGCUCCUCCAUUGCCGCACCCACCGGCGAAGGUCCGAGAGGAAGAGACGAGAGAGGAAGAGGAUGUCGUCGUUGUUGCAGUCAUUUCUCGAUCCGAAGAAGAACACCUCCGCUGCUCAGCACGUGAAGGCCGCCCUCUCCAGGCGCUUCCGCAGCUACGGAGUUAGAUGUGAUGAGGUAGAGUCCAAAGAGGUGGUCAAUAGGCUGCAGAGAGAGAUGGCGUCGAAAUCCCGUUACCUUCCUGAACCCCCACAGGCUAGGCAAACUCCAUUCGGAAGCUCUCUGCUUGCUCAUGUAAAGAAGCGAGCAGGACAAAUUCCUGUCUUCCAUCAGGCUCGCUUUUUCUCUUCAGUGGCAGCAGAACAGAUGCAUGGCAGUCCAAAUGAUAGUAAAAAGAAUAUCUUUAGGCCGCUGUCUCCUCAUCUUCCGGUCUAUAAGCCACAGCUUUCUUCGACGCUCUCGAUUACCCAUAGGAUCACCGGGGCGUUCCUGUCCGCUGUUAUUUUGUCCUUCCAUCUCCUCUAUCUGAAAAUGGGUCCGAUCUGCCUCUCCUUCGAGAACUUUUACCAGUUCUUGUUCUACUCAUCGAAGCUCACCCUGGUCACCCUUGAGCUUUCUGCCUUAGCCUUUGCCUAUCAUCUGUGGAAUGGGAUCCGUCAUUUGCGGCAGGAUUUUGGGGGAAUUAGAGGUAAAAGAUUGAAGUGACUGCUUUAGAGUCGGACUGGUCUUCUGGAAUAAUCAGGGUAUUGCUGAUCUUAUAAAAUAAUUGUAUCGGCCUCUAUAGCCAGUUGUUCAAAACUUACAUUAGGCUCUUAAAGACUUAUGCGCAUAUCUCCUGACGAGGAAGUGAAUCAUUUUCUUGGGGCCAAGGUUGAAUGUGAUGUAUUAUGGGAAUUAUGUAUGUACUUGUACAAUAGAAUAUCUUGCUUAUAUCUUGCUUAUGUAUAGUACAUAAGCAGGAUAUAAGCAAGACAUCUAUUAUACAAGUAUAUACAUAACUCCCAUAAUACGAGGUUUGGUGUGUUUUCUUGUAUCUAUUUGUACAAGCUGUGAACAGCAGUUGUUACAAGUCUUUUUAUUAGAGAGUUUAAGCGUGACGAUUGGGAGAUUUUGCCCAUGCCGUCUAAUUUGGCCAAUUUCAGAUGACCUUAUUUUCUUA